GGGCAUUUGAAUACCCAAAUACCUUACUUGAGUGCCUUCUACCAUAUAUCUAUAAAACAACCUUCAAGAGGAAAGGGAACUUUCCCUUUCUCAUCUCGGAAAUAAAAUCAUGUUUUAGAAUAAUCCUUAUGCUUCUAUCCUUCUUAAUUUCCAUCAUAGAAAAUAAUGAGAAGUAUUUCUGAAGAUACUUAGAUAGCAAUGAGCUCUAUUGAGGAAGCUUCGCCGAAAAAGGGCAAGGAAAACAUAUGGAUUGAAGGGCGAAUAUUACCCCUUCAGUCGCACCUUCGCGGGAAAUGAACUCGAGCUUUCUGCCCUGUCUAUUCUCGGAUUACCCAGCGCCAUCGAGGAAGCUUCUCGGAAAAACGCCAACGCGCGGUAUAGAAAAGAAGCAAAAACUUGAGCUAGGGAGGAGAGGAUUUUUUUGUUCGGAGGAGGCUGGAGAUUUCAGGUGAUUCUGGGUUUUUUAAGUAACUUUCAAUUUCAAUAAAUAUCUCGAAUUUUCAGUCUGUUCUUAGAUUUUCAAUUUUUUUUGGUCUAAGACAGUCUGUUCUUACCUCAAACCAACAUAGAUCUUGGGUUCUUGACGCUCUGUACGCGAAGAUUUCGAUUUUUUCACCUCAUCAUUGUAAGUAACUUUCAAUUUUAAUAAAAAUCUCGAAUUUUCAGUCCGUUAUUGCUUAGAUUUUCAAUUUUUUUUGGCAUAUUUAAUUUUAAAUAUUGAAGUUUUAGUCUAGGACAUGACUAGGACAGCAAAUCCAAUAUUUUUUGGCAUAGAGUCGAUGGCUUAGUUUGAUUGCAGGGACCAUGGUUAGGUGAUUUGUGUUACCUAAUUUGUCUUAUUUUAUAAUCUAAUUUUUGGAUGGGAUACGUAGUCCCAGAGUAUAAAAUCUAGGAUUUCAU